CCUGUCCUCUUAUUCCGGGUUGUAACUAAAUACUGUUGCGAGCGCAGCGGAGGCCCUUUGUUGGAGAUGUGUGAGCGCAGUCUCUACAGAGCGGGCUAUGUGGGCUCGCUUCUGAAUCUGCAGUCACCCGACUCUUUCUACUUUUCCAACCUGAGGCCCAAUGGCAGCCAAUUGGCCGCGCUUCCCCCCAUCUCCUACCCGCGCGGCGCGCUUCCCUGGGCCGCCACGCCCGCCUCCUGCGCCCCGGCGCAGUCUGCCAGCGCCACUGCCUUUGGAGGAUUCUCCCAGCCCUAUCUGGCGGGCUCUGGGCCUCUUGGCCUGCAGUCUCCAGGCUCCAAGGACGGACCCGAAGAACAGAUCAAGUUCUAUACGCCGGAUGCAGCUACUGGGUCUGAAGAACGUUGCCGAAUCAGGCCGCCGUUUGCGCCGGAGUCAGGGUCAGGUCUGGCUCCCUCCGCUGCUGCUCUCAAAGCCUCCAAGUACGACUACGGGGGUGUGGGCCGGGCGGUGCCCAGCUCUGCGACCCUGCUCCAGGGGCCCCCCUGCACCUCCAGCAUCAAGGAAGACACCAAAGGCCCGCUCAACUUGAACAUGACAGUGCAAGUGGCGGGUGUCGCCCCUUGCCUUCGAUCUUCGCUGCCCGACGGCUUGCCAUGGGGGGCGGCCCCGGGGAGGGCCCGCAAGAAGAGGAAACCCUACACAAAGCAGCAGAUUGCGGAACUGGAGAACGAAUUCCUGGUCAAUGAAUUCAUCAACCGGCAGAAGCGCAAGGAAUUGUCCAACAGGCUGAAUCUCAGUGACCAGCAGGUCAAAAUCUGGUUCCAGAACCGGCGUAUGAAGAAGAAGCGUGUGGUACAGCGGGAGCAGGCACUGGCCCUUUAUUAGUCGCGCCACCUAGGCGACGGCUAAGCCGAGCCUGCCCUUUUGGACCGAGGCCUGGCUGCGGAGGUGGUGCUGGGCCUGGAGCUU